AUGUUUGAGCUUCUUGCCACCGUCCUCAAUGAUUUGGUUUUUGAGCUGCUGCGUCUGUUAUUGGUUGUCUGCUGCUGUGGUUUACAGUGUGCAGUGUCUGGUUGUUGCUGGCUUGCUGCUGUUACUUUCUACUGUUGCUUUGCUGGUGCUUUCAAGUGCAGUCUGUUCUGUUUGGUGUGCAUAAGUAAUCUCUAUGACCGACAUAUCAGCAAGUCCAAUCAAGGCGCUCAGCUUAUGUUCCUGCUGAUGGUGAAGGAAAGUUGCGUUAUUAGCUGGUGGGGAUGUAUUGGCGAUACUUCUGUUUGCUGCAAUUGGAAGAUUUAGCCAUGAUUUCCUGUUUUCGAAGCUGAAACGUUGCGUAUUGGUCACCCAUUCAUCGCGGGAUGAUUUCUUAGUGCAUACUUCUUUGGAGGAUAUAGUGAGGAUGGUCAAGGGAUGAAUGGUUCGAAUAAGGCAGUAGCUGCUGCGGCUAAAUCUUGGGCCUUGGGUAUACCGGUAAG